UCAUGAAACAAGCGCCGCCGACGCUAAGCGGAAAGAAGACACGUAGAACGCCUCCGCACCGUGUUUCGCAAAGGCGCCUCGCGAAACGCAGCCGUCGCUCUCGGAAACGAGCGCCGCUGCGAAACUAGGGAGGGGAAACGCAGAAACCUCCGGCCGUCGCUCACGGUGGGCGCCGCUCUCGUGAGUCCGUCACAAAAUGCAGCCCUCCCGGAAACAAGAGCUGCUGCGAAGCUAGGAAAGGCGCAGAAAAAAGGAGAGUUUUGGAGGAAUCAAGGGGCGAGUGGGGAGAGGAAGCGCAGCGCAAAAGACCAGGGAGUAAGGCGGGAAAGGGGUGGGUGGUUGCGAGGAGCAGUAUUCGGGUAGCUCCUGCCGGCCGCAGAAGGUAAUGCGUGUUUCGUUUUGGGAUUCUUGCCUUAGUUUUUUGUUCAAAAAGGGAAUAAAGCAAAACUAGCUAUGGCUCUGGCGCUGCUGCUGCUACCCAGGAGGAGCCGAAGUUUGCUGCCCCUUGCAGGGGACCUGAGAGGAGCCGUUGAUCUCUGCAUGAUCAGAGGUAUGGGACGUCUCCUCUGCCAUACUGACCAGCCAUCAGCCACUGACAGCACCACAGGAGAAGAAAAAUAUUACCCAUUGUAUCCAGGACACAUCCCCACCAGUCCUCUGCAGAAAGGCCUGCUGGCAGCUGGCUCAGCGUUCAUGGCUCUCUACAAUCCCUACCGGCAUGAUAUGGUGGCCGUCCUCGGGGAGACAACAGGGUACCUCGCUCUGAGAAACCUCAGGGAGAAGAUGAGGAAUGACCCAGAGGGAUAUCGGAUCCUACAAGAACGGCCUCGGAUACGCCUCUCCACAUUAGAUAUCCGUGGACUUCGGGGGCUUCCAGACGGGACCUUUGGCCGAGAGUAUGUCCGGUUUUUGGACGAUAAUAGAAUCUCUCCAGACACCAGGAUGCCUCCUAAGUUUGUAGAUGAUGAAGAAUUGGCCUAUGUGGUCCAGCGGUAUAGAGAGGUCCAUGAUCUGAUGCACACCCUUCUUGGCAUGCCCACCAAUAUGCUCGGGGAAGUCGUGGUAAAGUGGUUUGAGGCAGUCCAGACUGGCCUGCCCAUGUGCAUUCUGGGAGCAGCAUUUGGCCCACUCCGCCUUAACGCCUGGAAGCUGCGUGUUCUGACCACUGAGCUCAUCCCAUGGGCUGUUCGGAGUGGAAGCAGCGUCAACUGCAUCCUGAAUUUCUAUUACGAGGAGCGCUGGGAACAAACCAUAGACUCUCUUCGUCACGAAAUCGGUAUCCUGCCACCUCCGGCAAUUCCGGUGUAAAUUUCUGCUGGGGAAAAUGGGGGGAAAGUCACUGGCAGGCAUUGAAGAAGCAGUAGAUGAAGUAGAUUUAGGGUCUCAGAAGUUAAACCACAGCUUGCCUUGGAUCAGCUGAGCAGCCACGGUUUGGCCAAGCAAAAAGUUUAUUAACUCAGUUGGCAGCAUGUUCUGCAUUUUCCCUGCCACUCCAAGCAGGUGAUUUAAAAUGGUAAGACAGUGUUUUAAAGCACAAAGCCUCUUCAGUCAUUUAAACAGCAGUGAAAACACUGGGAGGAAGGAAAUUUGAAACCCUGAAAACUCCGGCAGAGAAGAGGCCUGAAACGCUAAAUGGUGGAUUGUACAUAAAUGCACAGCAGCCCAGCAAGGUGGAUUCUUGGCAUAUUCCCGUUUGAUAGACCAGGGCUGGGAUAUUUGCUGCCUGCAGUCCUGAUUAGGCCCAUCUUCCUGACACCUGAGGUCAGAUGGUGCAGUAAGGGUGGGACAUACUAAGAGCACGUUUCAGCUCAUCUGUAGUGCCUGCAAAGCCCCUUUCCCAGUGCAGUGCCGGAUAGUGCUUUGAGAGGGGCCUCUAAAGACUGGUUGUUUUAUCAUCUGCAGGGGUCUUCAGAAGCCCCAUUCAAAGCACUGAGUAAAAUAGUGUUCUGAAAGGGGCUUCAAAAGGCCCCUGUGUGCCGAAAGCUCACAGUUGACCAGUGGACUAGGCACGUCCCCCCACUCCUGCCACAGGCAGAACUGAGGCCGGGUGAAUUUAAAGCAGCAGUGGAGAACCUUUUGCAGGCCAAAGGUCUCUUUGUCAUGGGCAACCUGUUCCAGUGGUAGGCGAUGCCAGAGGCAAGUGGGCGGAUCGAUGGAUGUGACCGCUGCAAGAUACUCUGCAUUCCAGCCUCACAUGUCUCCACCCAGGCAAGCAUGAGACAUUAGUUAACACAGUUCCAGGACACAUUUCAGUCAGGUAAAAACAUGAAAGGUCAUUUCAGGGCAGGGCUGGUGAGGUGCAGCCUAGGGGGUGGGGGCCAGUGGUAUCACAUUAUGCUCCUUUGUCUAAGAUUCUCCACCCCUUGAGCUAAGGCUACAGGGUGAAUUCUGGACGAAGAGGGCUUUAAACCAGGGUGUUACCAGGAUCCAGAUAUUUACUCCCAGUGGACCUCUAGCUCUACAUCAGUGGGGCUUGUUGCUGCAGUGAAUACAGCUGAAACUACAGAUAUUUGCAAAUCAUCCAACCAUCUAUUGUUUGCCUACUCCUGGGCUACCAGGGUGGUUGAUCUCUCUCUCUACAAACCGCCUUUGGGUGAAAGGAAUGAAGAAUGCUGCCCAUGACUUUGUCUCCACCAAGGACAGAGGCACAAGGCCAAGUCCAGUUCUUAGCAGCACAGUUUAAGAAGGAUCUUCACAAGCUGGAACACAUGCAGAGGAAGGUGACCAAGAUGGUCAAGGGUCUGGAAACCAAGCCAUAUAUCACAGGGGUGCCCAAACUUUUUUCAAAGAGGGCCAGUGAGGGCC